UCAAAUCCUUCUCUCAUACUUUACUUGCUUUCUUAUUCAUAAAAAAUUACUUAUGUAGUGGAAAUAGCAUAUAACUAUAUAUCAUAUAACAACUCACCUUGACUUUACCAUUCUUCCUCUCUAUAUAAGCUUCAACAAUCAAUCAAUUUCCAUAUCCACAUUACAAUACAUAUCUCUUUCAAGUUUCUCUCAUUUUUAAAGCCAAAAAUGUCAACAACCAUUGAUGUACCAGAGUCAAGCAACAUUAAGGGAAAAACUAUUUUACUUGGAGCGCAAGCAAGGCCAGGAGGAUGGAAAAAAGGAAUAGCCAUAAUGGAUUUCAUUCUAAGGUUAGGCGCCGUAGCCGCGGCUCUUGGCGCUGCCGCCUCGAUGGGAAUGAGUGAUCAGACUCUUCCUUUCUUCACUCAGUUCUUCCAGUUUGAAGCUAGCUAUGAUAGCUUUACUACUUUUCAGUUUUUUGUUAUAUCAAUGGCUAUAGUAGCUGGUUACUUAGUCCUAUCCCUACCAUUUUCCAUUGUUGCGAUCAUUCGACCCCAUGCAGCUGGACCAAGGCUUUUCUUGAUUAUCUUAGACACGGUGUUUCUUACUUUGGCCACUUCUAGUGGUGCUUCAGCUGCUUCCAUAGUUUACUUGGCACACAAUGGAAAUCAAGACACAAACUGGCUUGCCAUUUGCAAUCAAUUUGGAGAUUUUUGUGCACAAACAAGUGGAGCUGUUGUAUCAAGUUUUGUUGCAGUGGUUGUUUUGGUUGUGUUGAUUGUGAUGUCUGCUUUGGCUCUAGGGAAGCAUUGAAAAUUAAGAUGGGAUAUGUAUGCUAUGUAGGGGCCUAAGUUACCUAUGUAAUUGUUGUGAGGUUUUUCAUGAUGUCAUGAAUUGUGUCAAAUUGACUCCUUGUAUUGAUUUGGAAAAUUGUUGUUAUGGAAUAUUUAAUUAU